AUGAUGUUUGGCAAGGUCUUACUUCUGUGCUUCGUUGCUUACGUUGCAGCUGCAGAACCAGAAGAGUACUCAGGACCUGCUCAGCCAUACGCCUUCAACUACGACAGCACUGAUGAAUUCGGCACCCGUCUUGCACAACAGGAGAGCGGUGAUGAAUCCAACAGGAAGACCGGCUACUACAGCUACACCGACGCCAAUGGUGUUUCUCGCCGCGUCGACUACGUUGCCGACGAAACUGGCUUCCACCCAACCGUGAACACUAACGAGGCCGGAACGAAGACCUCCAAUCCCGCUGACGCUCCAUUCUAUUCUAACGCUGAUCCUGCUCAGCAACCAGCUGCCCCAGCUGUUGUCAAGCCCGUGGCGGUCGUUGCCAAACCGGUGGCUGUUGCCGCCAAGCCCGUCGUCUAUCAUGCAGCUGCCCCAGUUGUGCACGUUGUGCAUGCUGCCCCAGUUGUGCACGCAGUACAUGCUGCCCCAGCUAUCACCCUUCAUGCUGCAACCCCUGUUGUUCAUGCUGUUCAUGGCGCUCCAGUAGCAGUUCAUGCCGUCUCCUCCCCAGUUGCCUAUCACGCUGUGUCCACUGCUGCCCACGUUCCUCUGGCUUACAGCGCUGGUGCUCUUCCACUUACCUACGGCCACCAUCCAUUUACCUUCACCUUGGCACUUAAAUAUAAAGAUGUCGAUCGCUAUGUGAAAGUUCAAGAUUCGGGCCCUGGACGACAUCAAGUCGGAUCAAGUCUAAAGAUGCUAGCCAAGGUUGCCUUCCUGGGUUUGGUAGCGUUUGUUGCCGCUCAGGCUCAAAAGCAAGUUGACGCGCCACCACAGCCGUACGCCUUCAAGUAUGACAGUACAGAUGAGUAUGGCACUCGCCUCACCCAAGAAGAAAGCGGCGACGGAUCCAACAGAAAAACCGGCUUCUACAGUUACAUAGAUGCCAACGGUGUUUCUCGUCGCGUAGACUACGUCGCUGACGAAACUGGUUUCCACGUCACCGUGAACACAAACGAACCAGGAACCAAAAGCUCCAGCCCCGCCGACGCUACAUACAACUCUAACGCUGAUCCAUCCCAGCAGCAAGCCGGGCCGUCUCCCGUUGCAGCCAAGCCUGCCGCUCCCGUCCAGCCGGUUUCCGUAGCUGCACCUGCCGUUCACGCCGUGGCUGUCCAGUCGGUUCCCACUGCUCAUCAUGCUGCUUCCCCCGUGGUCCUCAGCGCAGUCCACUCUCCAAUAGGACUUCACGCCCUACAUGGCGGCUCCCCCGUGACCCUAAGUGCUGUCCACUCUCCAGCAGGACUUCAAGCCCUCCACACGGGCUCGCCCCUGACUUUCCAGGUUGCUCAUGCUGCACCAGUAGCCCUGAGCGCUGGUGGUCACAUUCCUCUGGCCUACAGUGCAAACGCCGUUCCAGCAGCUCUUAACAGCCAUCCCUUUAACUUUGUUAUCGGGAAGAGCGCCGCUAAGAAGUAAAGUACUUGAGUGGAACAAGGUCACUCCAACUGAGAUAAGGUUCCCUCUGUGACUUUCUGUGCGGAAUAUGACGUGUCCUUGCGCCUAUGGCGUGCUGCAACCAAUUCCUUUAUACUCCCAGCAUCACCGAUCGAAAAUUCAAAACUGCUCGUUCAACAUGUGUCAGCCUGGAUCACUGGAAGCCUUGUGACGACUGUUUCUUUCUUUGUACUUUAUAUCAAUGUUUGGUAAGCUGUUUUUCCAUGAAAUGGCGAUGUUCAACUCUGUCGCUGCAUGCUUUGUAAAUAAAUGCAUGUGUGAUGCA